AUGCCGUCUCUCCAGCAGGUAAAGGAUGCGAAUCUGCAACUAAAAAACGCCAAACCAGGAUUGGUCGCAGUUUUUGCGGGUGGGACUAGUGGAAUCGGUGAAAGCACUUGCAAGGAAUUCAUUCGCAAUACCGUCUCCCCGAGGGCAUAUAUAAUUGGUCGGAACAAGCUCGAAGCAUCAAGGAUAAUGCAGGAGCUAAAGGAGAUCAACUCCAAGGCCGAAAUACACUUCCUUGAGUGCGACCUGACUUUGCUCCGCAAUGUGGAUCAUAUUUGCAACGAAAUCAAAGAGAAGGAGAAUUUGAUCAACUUGCUCUUCAUGAGCGCGGGCUUCCUGAGUAUGAAGAGACAAGAAACAUCGGAGGGGCUGGACCGUAUGAUGGCUGUCCAGUAUUAUUCAAGGAUGCGGCUCGUCGUCAAUCUGCUGCCUAACCUCACCGCUGCGUCCGCUGCAGGCGAGCCUGCUCGAGUGCAUUCGGCUCUCAAUGCUGGCAAGGAAGGGAGAAUAUUUUUGGAUGAUCUUCCGCUAGAGAAUCACUUCAGUUUGAAGAACUGUGCUACUCAGGCUACUACAAUGACCACGCUAGCAUUCGACCAGCUUGCGCUGGCUCAUCCCGAUAUUACAUUUAUCCACACAUCCCCUGGUAUUGUUCGUACCAACAUCACCAAAGGGUUUGGCCCUGUUAUCAGUUUUAUCAGUGGUGCUUUCCUCCUUCUUUCAGCACCUUUCUUGACGACAGCCGUGCAAGAGAGUGGACAGAGACACCUUUACGCUGCCUUGAGUAAGGAUUAUUCGCCUGUGAACUCAGAAGUUUCAGAACGCCAUGUACAACGACUGAACAGCAAGUCCGAGUUUUGCGAUGAGAACUCUGAGUUGCAAGAAUACCGGCAGACCAAGGUGGGUCCGCAGAUUUGGGAGCAUACGUUGCAGGUUUUCAGAAACUGUACUUAG